GAGUCUUAUGGCUUGGGGCUAGAAACUGUUGAGAAGCCUUUUUGUCCUAGACUUGGCACUGAAUAGAAAAGGGUGAACAAUGGAAAAGGGUGUAGCUAGUUCUAUUCUAUUCUAUUAUUGUAUUCGGUGUUACUGAAAAUAACAAGUUUUCCCUCCGCAUGCCUUCAUGCUCCUCCACACCACUGAUGUCAACAAUGUGGAGCUGUCAGUGUUGAGGUGCGUUGUAGCUUCAAGGGUGUGCGCGCUCUCGACACAGCAGGAAAUAUGGCGGCGCUCAUGACUCUCACCCAGUUAUCGAGUGGAAACCCAGUUUACGAAGUCUACUACAGACAGGUGGAUCUGGGAGACACUGGGACAGUAGGAGCUGCAGAUGCUGCUCAGUUCCUGAAGAAAUCAGGCCUAUCAGACAGUACCUUAGGAAAAAUCUGGGAUUUGGCCGAUCCAGAAAGGAAGGGCUUCUUGGACAAACGGGGUUUCUUUGUAGCGUUGAGGUUGGUGGCUUCAGCUCAGGGUGGCAACGACAUCAGUCUCAACAACCUCAACCAGACUCUAGCAGCACCCAAGUUUAGAGACACAAAUACUCCGUUGCUCAGCACACCGCUGAGUACAUCUUCAUCUGAUUCCCACUGGGCUGUAAGGUCUGAUGAGAAAAGGAAGUUUGAUGGCAUCUUUGAAAGUCUUCUACCAGUCAAUGGUCUUUUGUCUGGAGACCAAGUCAAACCUGUCCUGAUCAACUCCAAACUACCCCUGGAUGUGUUAGGAAGGAUUUGGGACCUCGGUGACGUGGAUAAAGAUGGACACUUGGACAGAGAGGAGUUUUCAGUGGCCAUGCACCUGGUGUACAGGGCUAUGGAGAAGGAGCCUGUCCCUUCUGUCCUGCCCUCUUCCCUCAUCCCUCCAUCCAAGAGGAAGAAGUCUGCGGGGGCUCUGCCUGGCGCCGUCUCCGUCCUGCCUCCCUUGUCUGCCCUCUCAGGCCUGUCUGGUUUGUCUCGGACAGCCAGCUCUCCUCCCCUGCCCGGCGCUGUAGCGGCUCUGUCUGGUCUGUCUGGUCUGUCUCGGACAACAAACUCUCCUCCUCUCAAAGACACCCUACACUCCACCUCAUCUCACGGAAGCAUCACCUCCAUCAACAGCACUGGCAGUCUCUCUCCUAAACACUCGUUCAAAGCCCCCUCACAGUCACCUGCAGUAGUGAACUGGGUGGUCCCGGUGGCAGACAGAGGACGUUAUAAUGACAUCUUCCUGAAGACAGACACAGACAUGGACGGUCUUGUCACCGGAGGGGAAGUCAUGGAGAUCUUCAUGCUAUCCAGCCUUUCUAAGACCAUGCUGGCACAGAUCUGGGGUCUGGCUGACACCAAGCAGACAGGAAAGCUGUCCAGAGAGCAGUUCUCUUUGGCUAUGUGGCUGAUCCAGCAGAAAGUCACCAAGGGAUUGGACCCUCCCCAGACCCUCACAACUGAAAUGAUCCCCCCCUCUGAGAGGACCACCUCCUCUGUUCCUGACAGCAGCAGUUCUACAGAGUCAGCUGACCUGACAGGCAUCAAAGAGCUGGAUGGCAUCAGUCAGGAAAUCGCCCAGCUGCAGAGAGAGAAGUACACUCUGGAGCAGGACAUCAGGGACAAAGAGGAAGCCAUCAGACAGAAGAACAGGGAAAUUCAGGAGAUGCAGGGGGACCUGGACCAGGAGAGUGGUGGUCUGCAGGACCUGGAGGCCCAGAAGCAGGAUGCUCAGCAGCAGCUGGAGGAGAUGGACCAGCAGAGGAACAAGCUGGAGGGCAUGCUGAAAGACGUCCAUCUGAAGUGUCAGGAUCAGUCCACGCUGAUCUCAUCCUUACAGACCCAGAUCCACAGCCAGGAGUCUGACCUGCAGAGUCAGGAGAAUGAGCUGAGCCGUACCAAGUCUGACCUGAACAAACUGCAGUUGGAGGAGAAGCAACUAGAGCAGAACCUACUGGCCGGACGCAUGCAGCUAGACUCCAUCAUCAAGUCACUCAAGGCCACCCAGGAUGAGAUCAACCAGGCUCGUAGUAAGCUUUCUCAGAUCCAGGACAGUCAACAGGAGGUGACUAAGACUAUUGAGCAAUACAACAACGCUCUGAAUGGAACCCACAGCCAGACUCAUGCUGGCAGCAUGACCAACCUGGCAGACAUGAGCGAAGUAGGAUUCUCAGAGAGGGAGAACGGAGAAUUUGGAGCCAGGGAGGACUCUUUCAAAUCGAGGAUAGCCAUGUUCAGCAACAACAAAUCAACACCAGAACCUCUUCCUGCCGCAGACCCCUUCCAGACAGAGGACCCCUUCAAAGCAGAUCCCUUCAACGAUCCAUUUGAAGCAGAUGAUCCCUUCAAAGAGAGUGAUCCAUUCAAGGGUGCUUCCUCAGACUUCUUCAAGAAAACAACCGAUCUGUUUGCCUCAGCAGAUCCCUUCAGUAGAAAACCUACUCCCCCCAUCAAGCCUGGUGGCAGUCUGUCUGGUAGCAGGAAUCUCUUAACCUCCCACAGCCCCCGGCCCAGCCCCAAGCCUACAGAUGGCUUCAGAACAGUGGACCCUUUCGGUGGCAACACUUUUGGAGGAAAGAGUGAAUUUGCAGACUUCAGUGAAAUGUCUAAAAAGUCAGGAAGUGAGUCAGAGCAGCUGGCGUGGGCGAAGAGGAAGACUCCGCCCACAGGAACAGGAGAGACUGAGGAGACUCCGCCCACAGGAACAGAAGGACCUGGCCAUCGCCCUCAGCAAGGAUGAAAACUAAAAACCCUAUUAGACUCACGACAAUAACCACAGUCCUGUUAGACACUCACAACAACACACACCUCCUGACCACAGUCCUGUUACAAGCUGAAUGAAACAAUGCAACUGACUGAUAUCAUACAGUACAGCACAACAUACAGCUUCACCACGAGCAACAGUUCCUCAACAGCCCAAAUACUACCGUCUGACUAGAGCCUGAGGACAGUGUCUUCAGACUAGACUACAACGCUUGUACACCCCCAAUAUAAACCAGAGUACACCCUAACGACAACUACAACUUCACCCUGACAACAGCCUCCCGCUUCGGCUCUGUGACGUUCUGACAACAUCCCCUCUAGACUGUGGCCCAAUCAUCUCCUAAACCCUGUGCCCAAAUCGGCCCCUAAACCCUGUGCCCGAAUCGGCCCCUAAACCCUGUGCCCAAAUCGGCCCCUAAACCCUAUGCUAAUCUGAGAGGAUUUGACAGGUGUAAGUAAUCUGGCAAUAGCUCCAGCGUGCUCUCUGAUAGGCUAGGUGGAAGUUUCACUAUACUGCUUAUACCGAUCAAAUCCUCUCCGAUCUCUACAAGUGCAUAUGGUGUAGGGUUUAGGGGUUGAUUUGGGAUUGGGCCUAGGACUUGAGGAUGGGAUGGCAGCCCCUCUACCGAUCCAGCUCCACUGAAGCCGGACUUUAUCAACACUAACCUACCAAAGCCUCUCUUUAACCUCUUAGUCAUCGUCAGCCUCAAUGGUUCAUUCCAGUUAGCUGCAUCACAACUAAAAUCAGCUACAGCUCAGCUCCUUUUUUUAGCCCGACUAGUCCGACUUGACUGACUGACAGCCUAAAUCAAGAGUGACUUACCUCUGACUUGGCUAAGGUCAGGGGUCGUUCUGACUCUAGUAGACCCCGUAGUUCUUCUAUGGGGAGACUCUGGGUGCGUAACUUUGUUUUUUCUUCAUCGUUUGUUGUGAGGAAAUAGCCAAGAUUUUAACAUUUUAUUUAAUUUUUAUUAUUUAUAUAGGGAAAAGGUCAUGCACUUCCGGUUUAUGAAGUAUCUGUACAACGCGCUGUUAUAACUGUAUAAUAUACCCUUGAAGAACUGCUUCAAAACAUUCAUGCUAAAAGUCUAAAGUUAUAGCGUACUCUUUCUCUGUCAGUGAGUGUGCUUGUGUUCCUGAUUUCUGGUGAAAGUCUCUUUUUGGUAAGGAAAUGUUUAGAUGAUGGAAAUACAGAUAUUCUUUGUUAUUUUCUUGUCUCGGGGUUCUCUACUUUUAUUGCCUUCCACCACAACAGAAGAAUGACAAAUUCAAAAACUCUCCUGCCUUAAAGGAUAUGAGGGGGGGGGGGUUGACCUUUCACCUCUCACUGUCAACAUUUAGAUUGUAUUUUUGUUGUAAUCUCUUAAUGCUAAACUCUAUAAUGCAUUUAGUGGGUUGAUUUUGAAGUGUUUCGGCUGUUAUUGAUUUAUUCAACUAGGGCAUUAGAAUUACUAUGUAUCUUUUAUAUUUAAUUCAUUUUCAGAAGACAAUUUCUUGUUACACUCAUAAGCACCACACUCAAUAAUAACUCAGUUUGAUCCUGUCCACUACCUGGCGCAAGGAUGUGCUAUCCUAAUGCCUUGUAAUUCACUGAUGAUAUGGGUUGUUUGGCACAUACAAUGUGUGUUUAUGACCUCCUAUGGUUGUCUCAAAUUGCACCCCUAUUCCCUAUGGGGGCCCCUGGUUAAAAGUAGUGCACUAUAUAGGGAAUAGGGUGCCAUUUGGGCUACAUACACAGUGUGUGUGUGUGUGUGUGUAUAUUCAAGGAACUCUGUGCUGCAGCUCAUUCUCCAGUGUUGACCUGAAGGAGUAUUGUAUUGGUCACACUGAGAUGCAUUAAGAAGUAAUGUCCACAAUGAUGUCUGUCUUACUUAUCCACAACCAAAAUGGCUAAUUUCAUGUGUAACGGUAUAUAUGAUUAUAAAUAUUCCUUCAAGGUUGAAAUAAUUGUAAUCCUGUGUAUAUCUUUGAAUAUAAAUAAAACGUCAUGUAACAUUCCA